AUGAGCUCCCGUCUUCUCCUCGUCGCUGGAGCGGUGUCCUACAACUACCUCAUAUAUCCGGCCAUGGGAGACAAUUACCACGAUGAACAGGACACCGAGGGCGAAGACAUCGCCAACAUUGUCAUCCGUACCGGCAACGCUGACUUGAUCUCGCAAAUGCUGGCUGCUGCUGCGCCUCGACACGGAAUAAGCGUGCUUGGACCACGGCUCCAGCCUCCGGCCUCCAACUGUCUAAAGCACAACGCUUCCUGCGUCUGUGACCUCGUCAUCGACGACGACCCAGCGCUCGGAGGGGAGCCAAGCUAUUUGGUCAAGCAAACCAGACGCAUCGGGAAACCACCGGUCUGGCAUUCUCCUGACCUCAACAACGUUCAGGUGGCUCCAGCAAGUACAGUUGUCAUUGCUGGAUCUGGCAAGGCCUUCACAGACGUUGAGCCAGCAGUCGACUUCUUGCAACGAGUACGUCCCAGAUACAUUAUACAUCACAUGACAAGGCCCUUAGCGAUUGGCAAAUUGUGGGACGUGAUUCGCAAUGGUCCUAUGACCCGGGACGGCAUCCCUGACCCUGAUUUUCUCGCCGUUGUUGUUGAUGCGGAUGACUUACGAGCUGAAGGUAUCCCACUGAGCAAGUCACUAUCGUGGGAGUCAACGGCAGAAGAUUUUGUACGAGGGCUGGGAACGAAGGGGACUUUUGAUACACUUGUCACGUGUCCGAAUCUUAUAGUUCGCUUUGGUACUGAAGGCGUUAUCUAUCAUCGUGGAAGAGACGCUGGAGAUCCAGUGUUGUACUAUCAUCCAAGGAAUAUGGAAAGUGCUAAUACUAAGAUUAAUAAUGCUUCGAUGAUCGAUUUAGCAUCUGCCUUUACCGCAGGCCUCGCGCUCGGCUUCGCGGACUCAAAACCACCUAACUGCCAUCGUGGCAUUCAAUACGGUAUAUCUGCUGCAAGCAAACUCUCACAUCAGGGCUUUGUACAUAGCGAAUUUGACAACGGACCCGACUACCCUGUUGCUCAAAUCAUGGAGCAGCUAUCUCUCGACCGACAGCACACUGCAGUCAGCAUACCUUCGGGAAGGAUCAGCUCAGGCGACAAGUGGUCCAUCUUCGAUUCUGUCACUGGAGAUCCUGCAGAGCUGGCUAGGCACAUAGUUGUGGAUGGCCCUGAAAAGGCGUUGGCAGCCUGUCCCGUCCAAGUGUUUGCGUCAUUGCUUGCAGUCGAUCGGGCAGAGCAAGAGAACCUGAGAUCUGUCCUUGACGCCAUGACAGAACGCCUUGACGUCAAUGGCGCUACAGGGCCAACUUCCGUUGGAGUCGUUGGUCCGGCUGGCUCGGGCAAGAAGUUCGUUACUGCCAACCUUGCCACUCACGUGAGCACGGGGCGAAAAGUAAGACAACUGCAAUACAACUCGCAGUUACUUGGUUCUAGCGAAUUGAUCGAAGCUUGCCACACCAUUCGUGACCAUACGGCGAGCGGAGAGUUGACGAUUGUGACGUUUGAAAACUUUGAGACAUUCCUCAGGCCCAGCGGCCAGCUGCUUAGCGAGAUAUUGACGAUCAUGCGGGAAGGCCACUUCAGCGACAAGGGACAUAUGCAUAGCCUCGGUGCACCUUUGCUAUUUUUCAUCGUGAAUCACGAUACAGCAGUCGACUCAGACGAUACAUUUGCACCUCAAACACCAACAUCACCACGAGGUGCAGACUUCGUACAGCGACCCACUAUUGAUAUGGCAUUGCUCAUGGACCAUUUGCAUGGGCUGGUCAAAACCACUUCCAUCAAUCAACUGGGCGCAAAAGAUAGAACAUUCUGCAUACGACGAGCGAUUAUGCUGCGACAAUUGCUGAAAGACAAGCAUCCUCACCUAGGCAAGAACGGCAGACUAAACGUCGAAGAAGGCGUGCUGCAUGCCUUGCUACUCGUGCCGAAGUACAACCACGGCCUGCGCUCGUUGGAGAAGAUUAUCAGCACCAGUCGACUUUCGGGCCGUAAGAAGUUUGACGUGGCAGCCUUGCCACCAGAAGAACAAAUACAGCUUCAUGUGGACGGUAAGACGUUCAUGAAUCAUCUUCGUUCGCCGAAGCUUCAGCCAGCUUUACGUGAGAAGCUCGCUGAGGGAAUGUUCGAAAUUUAUAAAAAGCAGCGCUAUAUUAUGUGUAAGAGCGACGAGGAGCGACGUGCACUCGACGAAGAAAGGAGCAUGCGUGACUGGAUCGAACUACCACCAGAACUAAAAGAGUCCACUCGUUCUCAGGCAGACGAUAUUCCUCGUAAGCUGCGAGCAGUCAAUUGCUUUAUGCUGAACGAAGAACGUUCCGAACCAUUGAUCAAAGUGCCGCAAUUCAGCAUAGAGCAACUCGAUAUGCUCUCGGAGAUGGAGCAUGAACGAUUCAAUGCCGAGAGAUUACAACGGCAGUGGCGGAUGGGACCUCGCAACUCGAAGCAGAGGACGACUCCAUUCUUGGUGCCAUGGCGGGAUCUGUCCCAGGAAUGGAGAGACGUGGAUCGAGUGAUGGUAGAGUGCGUCCCAAGGAUUCUUGAGAAGGCUGGCUGGCAUAUCUAUCGAAUGAAGGAGCAGGUCGAGGUGAAUGGUACUACGUAG